CAGCCGGCCAACGAAAACAACCAGACAGCAUCAAGCAAUUGCAGGCGGGAAAAUACUAAUGCUGACCUCGCUAUCGACUCGACUUAACUCCCUUCUAUCAUUAAUUGACCAUAUUUGUUGGUCAUCGAAAUCGCAAACAUGGGUUGCAUGUGCUCAUUCUGCUAUACCCUCAGCAAUCAGGAUCACGAUUCACAGUGGAAUCACAAACAUCCACUCUCUGGAUAAGAGUCAAGGUCUACGACGGGUAAGGCAGCGUGGCCCCCCUGGGUGCAUACAAGACCAGAAGACCCUUAAGCUUAACCUACAAGACACGUCGACAGAAGACGCCAGUCGCCGCUCAAUCUUGACCGGAUCAAAACAGUUGGAGUGCGCGAUCAACAUCAACCCGGUCUCUGCGAUUUCUAUUUACGUCUUGCGACACUGUACUAUACACUGGGUAUCAUCAUCUUGGGACGCCCUUUCUCACGGCUCUUCCUUGGCUUGGCGCAGCUGUCGUCAGAUGUCGAUGCAGGAUUACUUCGUAACCGCUCUGCAAUAUAAAGAGCCACGAUGUCGUGUCGACGCCCCAAGAGCAUAAAUAGCUCCAUAGAGUUUCCGGGGCUGACGACGCCCGACCUUCACACGACUUCUUUUCGUGCAGAGGCUCGACAGGUCCAUUUUUGGACGGCAAAUAUAAGGACAAUGCGUUCCCCUCCAUUUUGCUUGUGCGGAUGGCCAAACCCAGUCGAAGAUACAUGAUGUGGGUGGGUUACGUUUUCAGCCAGGCCAUGAACAGCCAUCGACCGCGAUCAGACAUGCUGGCCACCCUCGCUAUUUGUAUGUACAGUACAUGGUAAGUAAGGAACGAAACUGUGCCUGCAGUAGUCGCGAGAAGUCAUGGGCUUCAGCAAC